UCUUCCCACUCGAGAUUCCAUCCUCCCGAGUUCCCUCUUCCUCCUUCCCGUUCCCCUUCUCUUUCUUUACUCCUACCAUACUCCCAGGUGAACCGCCAUGUCUAGAGCUCAGUUCUUGAGAGAAUACAAGCUUGUAGUCGUCGGUGGUGGUGGUGUCGGAAAGUCAUGUCUGACUAUCCAGUUCAUCCAAAGUCACUUCGUGGAGGAGUAUGACCCGACUAUCGAGGACUCGUACCGGAAGCAGUGUGUCAUUGACGAUGAGGUUGCGCUUCUUGACGUCCUCGACACUGCUGGACAGGAAGAAUAUGGUGCCAUGCGCGAGCAGUACAUGCGUACCGGCGAGGGUUUCCUUCUGGUGUACUCCAUUACCUCUCGGAACUCGUUUGAGGAGAUCAGCACCUUCCAUCAGCAGAUCUUGCGAGUGAAGGACCAAGAUUCAUUCCCCGUCAUCGUUGUGGCAAACAAGUGCGACCUCGAGUAUGAACGACAGGUUGGCAUGAAUGAGGGCCGAGAUCUCGCGAAGCACUUCGGCUGCAAAUUCAUCGAAACGUCUGCAAAGCAGCGUAUCAACGUCGAUGAGGCCUUCACCAACUUGGUUCGUGAGAUCAGGAAAUACAACAAGGAGCAACAAACUGGCCGUCCUGGUGUCCAGUCCGGCGCUCCCAGUCAACCUGGCGCGUAUGGCUCCGCUAACGGUGGUCCUCACGAUGAAGGUGCCGGCGGCUGCUGUGGAGGUUGCAUUGUCGCAUAAACCUCGUCCUUCCUUUUCCCACUUCCGAAAGGCUCCGGAAUUCCAUCUACCCACUUAUUGAUUCCCCCCUUCCCGAGUUUGCGUCACCUCUUCUCUUUUUCAUUCUGGUUUUUGGCGUGUCGUAAACUCUUGUUGUCUGUCUGUGCUUUCCCAUUCUCAGCUUUGCUCAUUUGUACCAUAUUCCCCCUUCUCAGCUUUUUCUCUUCUCGGUCUCAGACUUAGUACUUAUUCCCUCCAGACUUCCCUGCCUGUUCAUCUCUUUGACUGUCUCAGUCAUCCCGUUCGUUUACCGCUGCCUGUUUGGAUUGGAUCAAUAUCGGAAAAUUAUAGAAUUCCCUACAUGAAGUAUAUGAUCCGCAUAUGCUAGUUACCUUACAUCCGUCAUCCCUUACAUUCAAUUUGAAUGAAUUCUCUCCUUUAUGCCGAUCC